AUGGGACGUGACGAAACUCGUAUCUACGUUGGCAAUCUGCCUUCGGAUUGUCGAGAGCAGGAAAUUGAGGAUGUUUUCGCAAAGUAUGGGAAGAUUCGCUUUGUGGAUAUCAAAGGAGGACGUGGCCCGUUAUUCGCCUUCGUUGAAUUUGAUGAUCCGCGAGAUGCGGAAGAUGCGGUUCGUGGCAGAGACGGUUACGAUCUGGACGGGUGUCGUUUGCGUGUAGAAUUCACUCGCGGAUCCGGUCCACGUGGUCCAGGUGGUCGUCCUUUGCGAGGUGGUGGUGGCGGAUACGGAGGACGUGGUGGAUAUGGUGGAGACUAUGGAGGUGGUCGUCGAGGUGGUCCUGGAUCUCGCCGGUCCAAUUACCGUGUCAUUGUCGAGGGUCUUCCAACAACAGGCUCAUGGCAGGAUCUCAAGGACCAUAUGCGUGAGGCUGGCGAUGUCUGCUACGCGGAUGUUGCCCGUGAUGGGACCGGUGUUGUUGAGUUCACACGUUUUGAUGACAUGAAGUACGCAUUGCGCAAGUUGGAUGACACAAAAUUCCACAGUAGCAAUGGUGGUGGUGGUGGUGGUGGUCGUGGACGUUCCAGAAGUCGUUCACGCAGUCCUCGUCGAUCAUCUCCAAAGUACAGUCCACGUUCACAGUCUCGUAGCCGUUCCGCAUCGCGGUCACCAUCUCGUUCUCGCAGUCGCUCUCGUGACUAG